CACGAGCACGGAAACUGUUUAUAUUCCGGUGUUGAUGUUGCGUUCCUUGUUACUAAAUUACUCUUUUUAAAGUCUUGUAACGUCAACGAUAACAAAGACUCUAACUUUGGCCUGAAGGAUGACUUGGGAGGGGAGACUGCCUUUCCCAGGAUCCCUCUUCAUGUUUCUCUGCAUGCUGUCAUCUCUGUGUGACUCUCACCCUCACUCUGCUUGGCCCCUGAGUUCAAGGGCUGUGGCCGGGGCCGCAUCCAAUGAUACUGCAAGGAAAGUUGCAGAUAUAGCAGCAGAGGUAGCAGGCUAUGCUGAUGUGGCAAAACAGAUCAUUGACCUGGCCGUAUUCGGUGCUGCCCAGAAUCGGUCUUACAGACGGCUGGCCGACUUCACCGACACCAUAGGGAACCGUGUCAGUGGCUCACACAACCUAGAGAUGGCUAUCAAAUACAUGUACAAUGCUAUGACACAGGAUGGGUUGGAUGUCCAUCUGGAGCCUGUCAAAAUCCCACACUGGGUGAGAGGGGAGGAGAGUGCAGAAAUGAUUGUGCCCAGGGUUAAAAAUCUGGCUAUACUGGGACUGGGUAGCAGUGUAGGAACACCCCCUGAAGGUAUCAAGGCAGAAGUGUUAGUGGUUCAGUCUUUUGUGGAAUUGAAGCAAAGAGCCAGUGAUGCCAUAGGGAAGAUUGUUGUCUUUAACCAGCCAUUUGUCAGCUAUUCGGAGACGGUGGCUUAUCGUGCUUAUGGUGCCUCAGAGGCAGCUAAAGUGGGGGCCGUGGCCACACUCAUUCGAUCUGUCACUCCAUUCUCUAUUAACAGUCCCCACACAGGUUGGCAGGACUACCAGGAUGGAGUGAGGCGCAUCCCUACAGCCUGUAUCACUGUGGAGGAUGCUGAGCUGAUGUGGCGUUUGGGGCAGAGGGGGCAGAAGAUCGUGGUCAGACUCACCAUGGGAGCCAAGACUCUGCCGGACGCUGACUCUUUCAACACAGUGGCUGAGAUAACGGGCUGGCAGCACCCUGAGCAGGUCGUCUUACUGAGUGGUCACUUGGACAGUUGGGAUGUGGGCCAGGGCGCCAUGGAUGAUGGAGGUGGAGCCAUGAUUUCCUGGGAGGCCCUGUCACUCAUCAAGAACUUAGGUUUGCGUCCAAGGAGAACCCUGCGAACAGUGCUGUGGACAGCUGAAGAGCAGGGUGGAGUUGGAGCACAGCAGUACUACAAUCUACACAAGGUGAACCUGUCCAACUUUGACCUGGUCAUGGAGUCUGACUUGGGAACUUUCACCCCGCAGGCUCUGCAGUUUACAGGCAGUGAUGUGGCACGACAGGUGAUGGAAGAAGUGGUCAAACUGUUGGCUCCCAUUAAUACGACCAAACUGGAAACACAUGGAGAAGGGACAGACAUCUCACCGUGGAUGCAGGCAGGAGUACCAGGUGCCAGCCUCCAUGUGGCAGACAGUCGAUACUUUUGGUUCCACCACAGUGAGGGUGAUACCAUGGCCGUUCAGGACCCUCGAGACAUGAACCUCUGCUCGGCAUUGUGGGCCGUUGUUGCCUAUGUCGUGGCAGACCUGCAGGACAUGCUGCAUAGGUAGCCAGUUAGCGCACAGUAUUCUUUGCCUGCAGAGGACAGGAGGACAGGAUGGUCACUCUGAAUUGCUGGUUGAUUCCAAAACACAUGGUAGAAGCUCACUUUUUAAAAAACAAUUGAAAUUGACUAGAGUUAAAUUUUCUCAGUCAGUUUCUGUUUACAAAUUUAAUGUGCAUUGAUUUUGGAUCAUAAAAGAUGAAAAAAACUGUUGCUUCCUCUGUACUUGGUACAUGGUAUCAGUGUUGUAAAUUAAUUACAGUAUAUCCAGAUUUAAAUCCAGGCACAUUUUACAACAAAAUUAAAUGCAUGCAUUAGUAAUGACUUAAAACAUGUUUCAUAUGAAUAGUUAUUAGAUUUGCAAAGUGUUGUAGCUGAGGACAGUGCCAUGAUUAUUUUGAAUCUACUACAGUCCGGUCAGAGUCCAGAUCAGGACCAAAGAAAGGGCAUGUGAGGUUUUAAGUACAAAACCAAGAGCAAAUUAAUAUCAAUGUGAUACUGCUAGUUAGUCAUUUUAGUGAUUUUCAGAAGAACACAUUAUGCUUAGAAUAAGGGGAAAAUUGUAUUUUUUUUUUUUUUUUUUUUUUUUUUAAGUGAGCUGAUCUGUAGUGCUGGUUUAUUGUCUAAGACAAGACCAAGAGAAUGAAAGCUGUGUAUACGAUAAAGGACUUUCUCAGGUACUGUAUUUGUCUUAAUGCCUUAAUAUAGUGUGCUGCAAAAAGGAUGAAGACAGAGAAUUAUUUAUUGGUCUGUGAAAGUGUAGAAAUUAUAAGGGUGAGAAAGUCAAAAAUUGCCUAACUCUGAGGGAGAGAGAGCAUUAUCAGUAAAGCUGGGCUACAGUCAGAUACAGCAAACAAACAACAAUGAAUGACUGAGCAUGUUGAGAAAUUAUGGAAGUGUUUACCAUGCUUCUGGUCAGUUUCCAGCGUGAUCUUAAGGACGAAACUCAUCUUUUAAAGUGAUAUUUUUUUUAACUGUUUGUCACAAUAUUGUGGUCAAUUUUCAAAGUAUUAUAGUUCCUGCCUACAUUGUGUUUAAUUAAGUCUCAGCACAUUUUUUUCUCCUAAUGUUACUCUCAUGUAAUAUUCUGGAAAAUAUUAUACCAAAAAAUCCUUGCAGUGUUGUGAUAUCGUCAAUAAAGUAUGAAUCAUUGUUUUAUGCAGUCACUCCCAUCUGCUCAUAUGAUGUAAGGCUUUUUUUUGCUUGUCAUGUACUUUCUGUGAUAGAAGAAAGAGGAAGAUGAGGGCAGAUGAGUCACAGACAACGCUUGAGUGUUUUUUUCCAUAGAAAGGAGGAGGAAAGAGGAAUGGAGAAGCAGUAGUCAUGAUGGUUGAAGAAAUGAUUAGAGUACAAAAAAAAGAGAGGUCAUGCAGAGCAGGAGAGGAAGUAAAGAGAAUUCAUCAUUUUGUGGGCGCCACACAGACCAGUGCGUGCACACACAUGCACACACAGCUGUGAUCCUUUUACCCCCGAGAACUGAUAAGUCAGUACUCCUUUUGGGUGAUGUCAGGGUUAGUCAGCUAGCCAGUACAAAUAAAGUCAUUUUGCAAACACAGAUGUUUAUGUGUCUGUGUUGAAACAAAGCUGGGCAGCUUUUACUAAGUGUCUGGUGAGCUCUUUCUCAUGCGACUAACACUGAUUCACACACAGACAUGUUAUGUUAGGGAAGAAAAAACAGCGAGUCACACACAUCACUGCUAACUUGACCUGUAGAAAACUAAAUGCACACAUUAACAACACAGACAUGUCAUCUGACAGAUGAGACUGUUUUUGAAAUAAUUAAAUGAGUUUUGUGUAGCAUUUUUGAUUUAUAGUAUACACUUUUCUAUGGUCACAGAUUAACUGAAAUCCUUUUUAAAUGUUAUAGCAACUGUAAUGAAGGCAUGAACUAGAAAACUGGUGGUUCUGGUGUUUCAUCUGUACUUAGUCAAAAAUGCUGACAACAACAUGCUAUAUGAUUCACUGUGUAUCAUCUGCUCAGCUUGAAUUCAGUCUCAAUUAUUAGACUUGACAAAUGUGUAAUUUUUUUAAAUGAAAGAAUUGUAAUUCAAAGAUCUGAAUCAGAAUCACAGCAAAAACUUGGUAAUUUAUCUGUAGGUGUUUUUAUUUGAUUUAUUUUCAUUUUACCACUGAUUAGAAGAUGAUGGCCGCAAUAUAAUGAUUUUUUUCUCUACUUUUGCUUAAAAGAAAUCUGAAAUAUCAUCAGUUAU